AUGACUGAGUACCUCUUGAGUCGACUCAAUAACGGGGCAGCGAGGGCUCACUCUUUUUUAAACCCUCCCCUAGACCGAUUUGAUCAAUCCGACGAGCUUUCUCAGAGCCUCCUCUCUAAUUCCGACGAUUAUGAACUAGGCGAACACCAGACAAGGCGUAAAUCCUGUAUCAAAAUUGCACAUUCUUUCUCCUUUCUGAGCGUCUUCGCUCUUCUUCGUUUAUUAGUUGUCGCUAUCACCCCAAGCUUUAUCAGCAACAUCUACUAUGCCUCUAAGCCACGACAGCUGCACAAAACGUCAUUUCUUGACGGAUUACGAGGAUACGCUUCGAUUAUUGUGGCUGUCUUCCAUCUUUUAAUCGUACAGCCAUCUAAUGAAUGGGUAAAUGAAACCUGGGGCGUUAACGAACAAGAAGGAAUGGGGUCAAAUCUAUUGCAGCUUCCUUUUAUACGGGUUCUCUUUCUCGGCGUUCCCAUGGUUACUUGCUUCUUUUUAAUCUCUGGAUUCGUCUUGUCGUACCGAAGUGUUCUCCUGAUUCGGUCCGGGGAGCACGAGAGACUCUCAGAGUCUCUCGUAUCUUUAAUCUUCCGUCGCGGAUUCCGCCUCUUUCUGCCUCCUAUCGCUGGCAUCAUUUUUGAGAAGAUUCUUGUUCCAUGCAUAUACUCGAGUCCACCGCCGGUAUGGACUAUGAUUAGCGACGUAUACGCCCAAACUAGCGCAGUCAUGUACUGCUGGCGUUGGGAUGAACACAAUGUUAGUCUUUUGCAUCUCUGGACUAUCCCGAUUGAGUUCUCCUGUUCCAUGUUGCUCUUUCUAGUUAUUAUGGGUGUUUCACGGCUUAGGACGUGGAUGCGACUAUUUGUCGUUGGCGUCCUAAUAAUUCACUCGAAUGCAAGUGGCCAUUGGGCUGUUCUCUUGUUUAUGGCCGGUCUUUUUAUUGCCGAGACUGAAGCAAUUAUCGAAGAACGCAGAAGAGCCCAAAAAGGGAACAAGAGCAUAGGAGAGAGGAUGCAAUGGAUAUCACGACUCCAGUUGGCAUUCUGGAUUACUAUAUUCCUCGUUGGCCUUUACCUGGCUGGAUAUCCGAUACACCGCGUCGAAAUCUCAUUUGACUUUCGUUGGGUCUACCCACACACCCCGAAAGUGUAUCUAGAUACCGAGGGAUUUCACCUGCCCUUGAAAUUCUGGACCAGCGUCUCCUCAGUGCUAGUGAUUGUGGCCCUCUUCCGGGUCCCAACCCUGCAAAAAGCCUUCACGACGCCAGUCGCUCAGUAUCUGGGAGAUGUGUCAUACUCAGUCUACCUCGUGCAUAAUGCCGUUCAGAUCUCCAUCGGAGCGGAUAUUAAGGCGAAGAUAUCUUUUGGCGCUUUGUAG